AUGUUUCUGGAAUAUGUGAUGGCUCUUUUAUAUUUACCACAAAAACGCGAAUUAAUUAUUUCUCUAAGUCGUGCCUAUGAUUUAUUACCACGUCCAAAUGAAAAUGAUAGAAAUCCUUAUAUUAAAUUAUUUUUGUUGCCGGAUAGAAGUGAAAGAAGUCGAAGGCAAAGUAAAGUGAUUACAGGGACGCAAAGUCCGGUGUGGGAGGAACACUUUUUUUAUGAAGAUUUGGAUGAGAAUGAAUUGGCUAAUCGUGUUUUGGAGGUCACUCUUUGGGAUUAUGACGCUUUCGAAUCACACUCGUUCUUGGGAGAGGCUCUAAUUGAUUUGAGUCAAGCUCCAUUAAAUAAUCAACCACAUGUUUAUACUUUGCUUGAUAUGGAUGAUGAUAAUCCUAUUAGAGUGGUACGUAAUUUAAUUAUGGGGUUGCCUAAUAAAAAAAAUUUUUUAUAG